AUGAGCAACUAAAUUGUAAAUGUUGAUCUAUCAUUAAAGUUAAUAUUUACAAUCCAAACUAUCGUGCAUUUAACCCGAAGAGAGGGAACUAAAAUUGUGUUCCCUAAACAAAAUAAAAACAAGAAAAUGAAUAAUAACAACUGCCUGAUUCCAAUUCAUAAAAUACUGUUCCCAGUAAUCCUGUUGUAUAAUAGUAAUAUGUAAAAAUAUAUCCUAUUAUAACCACAGAAUAACAAAAGCAUUAAAGGGUCUAAAUCCAAUAGGGUCCUUCAUAAGUAUGACAGAAUCGCUCCUAAACAGAACCAUUUGAAUUCAGAGCGCAUUUAGCAAAAUCAAUAGAAUUUAAAUUACAACACAGCCUCUUUAAGGAUAGUCAAUAAAUAAAUUCAUUAAGAUUAUCAAAAGCCUUUAAUAGAGAAUAAGAAUUUAGAGGUUGAUUUAUAUUAAAGUCCUAGAAUAAAACAUAUCCUGUAAAAAAAUCAACAAAAAAUUCAGCAAAAUGAUAAUCACUAAAAGCAUCCCCAAAUUGAUAACCAGAAAAAAAUUUAGCAUUCUGAUAACCUGAAUAAAAAUAUAAAAUCUAAUGAUCAGUAUAAAAAUUAGAAACCUGAUAACCAAUUUAAAAAUUAGCAAUCUAAUAAUCUAUAUAAAAAUUAACCAUCUGAUAACCAAUAUAAAAAUCAUCAAUAUGAUCACCAACAAAACAAGUAGCAAAAUGAUCUGCAGAGUAAAUAUUUGAAAUCUGAUAUCCAGUAUGAGGAUUUAUAAUCUGAUCUCCAGUAUAAAUAUUAGGAAUAUGAUCAUCAGAGUAAAAGUCAGAAGUCUGAUAACUUGUAUAAAAUUCCGUAAAUUGAUAAGCACAUAUAUCAGUUAGAAAGUAUCCCUGAUGAAGACUUUAUUAGUUCUCCAGACAUCAUGCCUAUAUAGAAUUUUUAAAAUUAAACAAUUAAGUCUAUCAGAAGACCCAAUUAUAUUUAACAAAAAUCUCAAAUCCAAGAUUAAAAUUAACCUUAAUCAAGAAGUGCCAGAAUUAAAAUGUUGUUUAACCAUAAAAAAUAGCAAAUUACUUUACAAGAUAUUAAUCUCAAAGUUAUAAUUAGCAACAGCAUUGCACCUACAUUAAGCUUAGAGGACACAAAUGCAAACUAAAUAAAAUAUUCAAAUCUUAGAAGAAAUAAAACAGACGUACAAUUUUUAAACCGAAAUGAAGAUGAAAUUGUUGAAACUUUAGUAUAAACCAAAUAUUAACGAUGUGAUUAUUGUAUGUAACAAUAGAACUAUGAAUUAAUUUCGUUGAAUUGCCAACACAAUUAUCAUAGUUAAUGUUUAACUGAAGUAAUUUCUAAUACUAUACAAACAGGCAAUGCAACGAUUACUUGCAAUUGUAACAAGAAAAUUCCUUAACAAUUAGUUCUUUAUUUAUUAAAGAACCAUAAAUAAAUAUAGGAUAAAUUAUUUAAGAAUCAACUUAAACUUUUGAUAUAAGAAUACAUUAAAAAAACUAAUAUUGUGUACGAUUAAAAUCCUUAGAUCAUUGUAAAAUAAGGCAUAAUUGUAAGGUAAUGAAAUUAGAUGAUCUUUUAAUAUAUUGACAAUAGAAUAUCUUUAAUUAAGAUUUAUGCAAAAAUUUAAUAGAA